GAAAAAGACCUCAAACCGUUUAUGUGGAGUUGUCUUCUCUCAUUUUUCCAAGAUGUGUGCUCGGGCGUUUGGAGGACAUAAUAACAGAGUAAGAAUCUACUCCGCAAGAGUUAGCUGAGCUGCUAAAGAGAAGAGAAGAGAAGAGAAGAGAAGAGAAGAGAAGAAACCCAAUGGCGGAUCUCCUUUCCAAUUCUGCACUCUUCUUUAAUUCCAAGCCAUUUCUCCCACUCCCGGCUCUUCCAAGAACCAUCCAAGCUGGAAGCUGUAGCAGUAAUUGUAGAAGAAGAACAAGAAAACUCCCUCAAAUCUCAUUCUUUUGCAGACCCGAUUCCCAACUUGUUGUUGAAAUCAUCUCAACUCACGAACAUGAUGAUGGCAGUUUUCUCUUCCAAUUUGGGGAUCCGAGCGAGCUUGCAGAAGAGGGUUUGUUGGUGGAAUCCAAGGUUGAGAAAGUGGACAGUAGAAAAGAUAUGGAGGAUUCUAAUGUGGUGGACGGAGAUUGGGAUAAAGACGAAGAACAUGAAGAAAUGCUUAAGAGAGUGGAGAGGAAUGAUGGCUUUUUAACUUAUCCUGCAAAUGUUUCUAAUCUUUCUGACUCAGUAGUAGACAUGAGUGAAAGAAGCAAUAGUCAUUUACAUAUAGAUAGAGGCAUGGAAGCAGAUGAGCCGUUGUUCGAAAAAUCGGGCGACCAUUUGGCACAUUCAGAUGAUCAAACAACACAAUUUUCUGGCAACCCUUCACCGAACUUGUUACUGGAAGUGGAACUAACAGAAGAUGUAGACUGGACUGAGCCUGAUAAUAGCAUUGACGCAACUCAGAUGCCGGAGUUUGUGCUAUCUUCUGGUGCUGCUUUAUUGCCGCACCCAGCAAAGUCACCAAACGGGCCCUCAGUCCAUUUCUCUUCAGGUACUGUCCCAGGAGUAUAUUCCAGAGAACUGAUGCGGUACUGUGAAAAGGCUGUGUUGCAGAACUUAGGAACUGACCCUAAGGCUGUUCUUGAACUGAGCAUACAAAAAGUAGAGUCCCCUGGAUCUUCUACAGCUUUGAUUGCGCACUUUGAUGGCCGGGUUCUCCAUGUGGCUAAUAUUGGAGACUCUGGAUUUAUGAUCAUAAGGAAUGGAGUGGUCUAUAAAAUGUCAGAUCCAAUGCUCCAUGAGUUCAAUUUCCCUAUUCUAAUAGGGAGGGAUUGCGAUCCAUCUGGAAUAGUGCAGGAAUACAAAAGUGAGUUAGAAGAAGGGGACGUAGUGGUCACUGCAACAGAUGGCCUUUUUGACAAUUUGUAUCCACAAGAAAUUACAUCAAUUGUGGCCUCGUCUUUGGAAGCUAACAAAACACCCCAGCAAAUCGCGGAAGCAUUGGGCACAAGAGCACAAGAGGUUGGCGGUGCAGGUAGCGGGAGGAAGAGGAGCCCAUUUUGCGAUGCCGCCGAAGCGGCUGGAUACAUCGGCCAAACUGGUGGAAGGCGUGAUAGUGUGUCUGUUAUUGUGUGUCUAGUCCAACACCCAUACUAAAGUAACAACUAUUAGUAGCAAGUAAAAGAAGUCUAGAACUAGUAGUAGUCAAGAUGUUUGGUUGGUAUGUAGAAUACUUUCCUUAAACCCACUUAAUGAAUACUUUUGUCUUCGUAUGGAGGUGAGACGCCAUAUCUGAUUGUUCUUUUGAUUUUGAAUACUUAUGGCUCAGUCGUCACCAAUGUCUAUCAAUAUACCAGGUCGAGCACAACCCCAUAUGAACACUUUGCCUGCCAGGCUUUUAUUAAGGCGCUGCACCAACCUACUAGUAAAUUGAUUGACAUAGUUUCUAAAAAGGCUUGCAUUUUCUUGUCAAUGUUUGCAACAUAAGCUUUUAUAAUUUUCAGAUGUAUUCUUUCGAAAUGUUCUCUUUGCAUUGAGCUGCUUCUGCCUUUUUGGUCGUCGAUCGGCUUGCGUGAGCUAGCUACUUUAAAGUUUCGGUAGAAACCCAUCUUUGGACGACUGGAAGGCAUUUCAUCCUGCGACCAGAAGGCUCAAAAGCAGUUCAACGCAUUAAGAACAUUUGAAGGAAAACAGACACCGAGAACUAUCAAAGCUCAUGUUGUAAAUAUUGAUAAAAAAUUGUCAUUUUCUUCUAGAAAUUAUUCAAAUCAAUUUACUCAUAGACGGGUGCAAUGCCUAAAUACAAGCAGAAUGGGCAAAGUGUUCAUGUGGGGUUGUGUUGGACCUGGUAUAUCGAUGGGCAUUGCCAAUCAAUUGAGCUAUAGCCUAUAUGUAUUCAAAAUCAAAACAAAAUCAUAUA